AUGCCCCCCCGCCGCGUCCUCGGCCCCGGCGGCCGCCGCCGCCUCGGCCCCUCCAAGGAAGCCACCAAGUCCAUCGGCGCGGGCGGCGGCGGCUCGUCCAAGGCUGAUGGGGGAGCGCGCCUCAAGGGCAAGAUCGCCGUCCUCAAGAGGGCGGAGAAGUUCGGGUUUAUAUCACCUCUGACGGACGGCGCCUUCGACGACGACGCGCCGCCGCCCAAGAAGCUGUACUUUAGCUUCGCGGACUGCGACUGCGACCCUUCGCGAUUGAGGGAGUGGCAGCGCGUGACCUACGCGCCGCCCGCGCAAGGGACCGACCGGGCCUCGCACAUCGAACUGGAUCUCGUUGGUUCCACGCCACAUUUAGAUGAAACACGCUUCGGCCACGUCGACUCCAUUUUGACCAAUGUGCGGAGCCACGACAGUACCAAUGUCGAGCGCCAGUCGCUGGCGGCCUGCGACGUGACGGCGGCCACUACUUUCUGCGUGUCGCUGGACGCGCCUUCCAUCCUCCUAAGGCCGAACGAGGUCUGCGAGGUGCUCUCUAGGGAUGACCUGCCCUUCAAGGCCGUCGAGAGUCUGGUGAAGGCCCUAGCUAGUCAAGACGCGGCCGAGGCGGCGAGUGGGGCUGCGAGAGUCGUGUACCAGACCUGCUCGCGCUCUCCGUUGUUGUUGAGCGGCCGGGGCGCGCGCGCCAUGCUGCUCCGAGCCGGGUCUCGUAGACAGCAGCAACAAGGCGACGCGGCGAUGCUGCUCCAAGUGACGAUCGUCGCGGGCGCGUGCCUGGACGCUGAUAGAUCUUGUUAUGAGAAUUUACAAGAUCUCCUCGAGCAGAUCCGGGAUCUCGUGGACGAGCGCAAGCGCGAGUCGUCCCAAGACUGGGUCGCUGCCCGGAAAGAGGCCCUCGCCGUGUUGCAAAGAGCCGACGCGUUACGAGCGGACGCCAAGCGGCUGACGUCGUCGUCCGACGCCGACUUUCGACGGGUCGCGCCCUUCCCUUCCAGAAGAGACGUCACGCUCGCGCGGCCGCUCGAGGAUGUUGUUAAAAAUCAGAUCACGGGCGAGCAGGCCUCGGCCGAGGCCUAUGUGGCGACGCACUUCCAUUUACUCAGGGCGGACUUCCUCGGUCCCUUGCGAGAUGGACUAAGAGCCGUGUCGAACGGCGAGUCGUCGAGAGACGUUGACGUGUACCGGACGUGCGCGUUGCGAGGUAUCAUACAAAGAAGAGGCUUACUACAUCGCUUCGAGUGCGCCGGCGACCGGGAGCCCUGGGCCAAAGCGUCGUGGGCGAAGGCCAGCGAGGGCCAGCGCAAGGGCCGGCUGAUGAACGGCGCGCUCGUCAUUGUGGUGGACCCGACGACGCUGGGGGAGCAGACCUGGGUCUGUGCGGUUGUUCGAUCUAGAGAGUUACGCAAGGACAAGAGCCUGGUCAUUGAUUUGGAGGUCGAAGGGGCGUUGGCUUUUGGGAGAAGCUAUUCCCUGGUCGAGUGCACCUCCACAUACUUCGAAGCGUAUCGAUGGGUCCUGAACUGCCUCCAGGCGGCGGACCUCGAAGCGUUCGCGCAGAAUCGAGUAUUACAGACAUUCCUACGUCUACCGGAAGAACCACCUCCACCGGACUACGUGUUUCCCCAGGACGAGUACGUGUUUGGGACGGAGAAGCGACGCGUUUUAGAUGAGGAUGCCUGGCCCGUCGAUGGCUGGGGGUCCCUCGACAAGUCGCAGGCCGCGGCGGUGAAACGAGCACUCACCAAAAGUGUCGCCGUGAUCCAGGGCCCGCCGGGAGCUGGCAAGACGCACGUCGGGCUGGAGGUCAUGCGUUUGCUGCUCGCAAAUGUCUGCGGCGCGAAGGCGAAGAAUCCUUUUGUCGUCAUGUGCGCGACGAAUCACGCGUUGGACGCCUUCCUCGAGGGCGUGCUGGAGUUCGAAAGUAGCAUCGUGCGCGUCGGCGGGCGUUCGAGUUGCGAAGCCUUGGCGGAUAAGAAUUUGAGGGAACUCUCAAAAGCGUGGCGCGAGAUGGACGAGCGCGCGGCCGAAGGAAGUUUGUUGGGGGCCCAGCACGUCCGCGGGCGCCGGGCGCUGUACGGACGCUUGAAGACGCUGGAAGAAACCAUUACCAAACUCGCGAAGGAGGCCCACGCUUUGUCGAAGGGUGCUUCCUUGCAGGACCUCGAGCAGUGGCUCCGCGAGGGGAGUGAUGAGGACGACUUCGACCCGCUCGGCGUCACGGAGGAGCACCUCAGAAGUUUGUGCUCGCGACCGUGCAAGGACGUCCUCGGGACGUGGCUCGAGAGCGACGCGCCCGAGAAGUUACUCGCGAAGCCGCCCGACAUCCGAUCCACCAAAAAAGUCGAGCCCAAAGUGAACACGACAGAAGAGGAGGAGCCCGACCCCGACGCCGUCGAUACAAAAGCGGCGAUGGCCGACGAGGCCGACGACGUUCCCAAAAAGCGCGAGGCCGUCUUCUUGGACAUCGGCAUGGCGCCCUUUGUCAAUGCAGGCAACCGCAAGGCUAGGCGCCGGGGCAAGCGCGGGCCGAACGCGCCGCCGCCUCCUCCAAAUGUAGGUGAGGACGUGUGGAGCUGGCCUUUAUUGCAAAGACGCCAGGCCUGGGCGGCCUGGGGCUCUGCCAUUCAUAGGAGAAGGAUUAAUGAAUUAAGGUCCUGUGCCGCUCGGGCGGAACGGACGCGGCGCGAGAUGGAGCGCUUGGAUCGAGACGUCGACGCGGAGGUAUUGCGCGCUGCCAAAGUCGUCGGCUUGACCACGACGUCCGUCGCGAAACGACGCGAUUUAUUAAGGUUGAUCGGCGCGGAGGUCCUCAUCUGCGAGGAGGCCGCCGAGGUGCUCGAGGCGCACGUCCUCGCGGCCGUCUCGGCGACGACGAAGCAUGUCGUACUCAUUGGCGACCACGAACAAUUAAGACCGGGCACGGCCGUCUACAAGCUCGCGACGGACUAUAAUCUGGACGUGUCGCUGUUCGAGCGCCUCGUGAAGAACGGCGUGCAGUCGACGAUGCUCGAAACCCAAAGAAGGAUGAAGCCGAACAUUUCCAGAUUCGUGAAGGAGAUCUAUCCCAAUCUGCGGGACCACCCGUCGACGCGGGAGCGGCCGUCGAUCCGCGGCCUCCAGAAGGACGUCUUCUUCCUGUCUCAUCAAAACGCCGAGGAUCAGGGGAGCGCCUCGAAGCAGAACCCGGCCGAGGCGAAGUUGGUUACUGCUUUCUGUCGGUAUUUGGUAAGGGGGCCGCCGCGCUACGGCCAAGAUAAAAUUACCGUUCUAGCUACAUAUGUGGCCCAGGUCGGUUCAUUAAGACGCAAGCUGCAGAGCGACGGGUUGGGCGACGUGCGCGUGGCGUCCGUCGACAACUUCCAGGGCGAGGAGAACGACAUCAUUCUACUAUCGCUCGUGCGGAACGACGGCCGGCCCGACGGCGCGAACCACAAAAAGGCGACGAUCGGGUUCCUGGCGACGUCCAACCGCGUCUGCGUGGCGCUGACGCGCGCGCGGAACGGGCUGUUUAUUUUUGGCAACGCCGGCUUACUGAGCGCGCGGUCGAAGCUCUGGAAGAACGCGCUGGACGACCUGCGCGGCCGCGGCGGCCUCGGGGGCGGCCUACCGCUCGUGCCGCGGUUCCGCGACGGCGACGACGCGGUGCGCUACGUGUCGUCGGCGCGCGACGUCGAGGCCGUGCUCGAGGACGUGGGGGAGGUGGUCCCUCCUCCGGCUCCCGUCGUCGAGGAGUGA